UCCUCUUCUAGUGUUUCUGACUGAAGCGGAUUCGGAAAGCUAACCUUACAGUUCUCUUUAACUGAUGCUUGUGUUCAUGUUAACGAACGUGUAGUUUACAGAACAGUGGAAUAAACAAUGAUGGAGGAAUCUCAUUUUCAGGUUCAGCUCACAGUUGUUCUGGAUGUAUUAAUGAAAAGCGCAGUAACAGAUAUAUGUUCGCUCGCUGAAAGCUGGUUUAAAUCUCUUCACAUGGAAAUAACCAGAAACAAAAAGGAGAACGAAGAUUUAAAACAAAAGCUGCACACCAUGCAGCAACAACAGGAGGAACAACUACAGCAACUACAACAACAAAAACAAUUACUACAUCACCAGCAGCAACGACUACAACACCAACAACAAAAGCUACAGGACCACCAGCAGCUACAACAAAAACAACAGCACAACCACCAACAGCCUCAUCACAACAACAACAACAACAACCUACCACAGCAAGCUGCACCUGAAACUGAUAUUAAAAUCACUAAGGUUGAAGAAGUUGACAGUGAAUUGAAAGUUACAGAAGAUGCUAAUGCUGGCUGCACAUUGUUUGUGGGAUCCCCAACAGAAGAUUUUGCAACCAACUCUCAAAAAUGGCCUUCUGCUCCUGAAGUCGCUAAGAAAAGAAUCCAUUCGGAGACCGAAUCUGCAACAUCCAAAAGAGGGCACACGAGAUGGAACCACAUACAAGUAGAAGCAAAAGCAGACAAAGGACUAGAUGGAAUGCACAGUCGACUUUAUGGCAGUCCUAAACUCAAGAAAGGAUCAGAGAAAACUCUACCUGCUCUACAUAGUUUAGAACGCAGCAAAGAGGUCAGUGCAGAUUAUAUGACUGAGAACGACGAUUGUACAGUGCUGGAUGAAGGCUGCGGGACUGAGGGCCUAAAACACAAAACAGAAGAGGAGCAGUUUGACGUCUUUUUACUGACACCUGAUCUACAGAACAGAUCUAAACAUUUGCUCAGAGAGAAUCAUUCAGCAUUCACAACCCCAGACUGUGAAACAUCUUUAAGUUUGAGCAAAGAUUUGAAUCCAUCAGCAGUUGCACCAAAUGUGAACCAUUUUGAUAUGUCAGAAACGUCAGAAACACAGAGAGAGUGUACAUUUAUUUGUCAUAUUUGUGGGAAAAAUCUUUCAACAAAAAAUUCACUUACCUCUCACUACAGACUGCACACAGGAGAAAAGCCUUUCUCAUGCACUCACUGUGGAAAGACAUUCGCCAAGAAAUUUAACCUCGACAUUCACUACAAUAUUCACACUGGAGCCAAACCAUACAUCUGCCCUCUCUGCCCCAAGUCUUUUGCUGAUCCAAGUGCUUUUAGAAGACACAAAUGGAUACACAAACAGAAAUCACAACAAAGCACCAGUAACACUAAAACCAGAUUGAGUUGUUACAUAUGUGGUAAAUGUUUUCUGUCUAAAUCCUUACUUGCUGCACAUGUUCAGAUGCACACUGCUGAAAAGCGACUCGGUGCUCAAAAGGUUUUGUUUAGAAAGCUACACUACAGUACCCUCAAGAGUUAACCUGAUGGUGGCAUGGUGCCUUAUUAUUCACUUGGGUAAUUUCAGACCUGUUUUUCCAGUCGACAACACUUAGGCAGGUAAUGGUGUAAUAUUCACAACUCACUGGAUUGUCGAAGCACACAGAAAGCAGAGCAGCUUUGUCUUGAAUACAACAUGAUUUACUGAAUAGUAUUUUAAAGCAGUACUCAAACAUUACUAUUGUCAACAUACUGUAUCUUCUUACACAUGUAUUUCUUGUUUUUAAUUAUUUUGUAGACUGUUUUAUUCUAUAUUAAUUUCCCCCUUGCAUUAACGCAUUAAAACUCAUU